AUUUACCUAUAUAUACAAAAAGAAAAACAGAACAAUAAGGAAGAGAGAAAAAAAAUGGCAAGAACACGUUGGUAUGACAAAAAAAGUGGAUUAAAAAAGGGUACUUGGACACUUGAAGAAGAUAAAAAAUUAGCAGCUUAUGUUAAUAAAUAUGGCUGUUGGAAUUGGCGUCAACUUCCAAAGUUUGCUGGAUUAUCAAGGUGCGGAAAGAGCUGCAGAUUAAGAUGGCUUAAUUAUCUUCAGCCAAAUAUUAAAAGAGGAAACUACACUAGAGAAGAAGACCAGAUCAUCAUGAAGCUUCAUGCAGAAAUUGGGAAUAAAUGGUCAGCAAUUGCUAUUCACUUACCAGGAAGAUCAGACAAUGAAAUAAAAAAUCAUUGGCACACAUCUCUCAAGAAAAGAUCAAAACAUGAAUUAACAAUAUCUAAUGGAAAAAAGAGAGAGGCAAGUAAUGUCAAUCAAAAAAGUGAUGAAGACCAAAAUAUUACUCCAAAUGAAACAUAUAGUGAAGUUUCAUCUUGUGUUACAACUGACCAAAAUAUGGAAAAUAUUAUGGAUGCAGAAUGUGACAUAAUUCAAGAAGAAUCAUUUGAAGAAUCCAUUGGAAAUUUUUGGACAGAACCAUUUUUAAUAGAUAGUUUUAAUAGUACUACUAAUAAUAAUACUGAAUUUUGUGUGCCUUUAGAAGUUGAGUAUGGACUAUUUAUAUCUCCAUUUUCUCCUAUUAUGUGUUAUGAUGAAUUUCUAUGCUCAUAAUUAUAAUAGUUAGAAUUUGUGAAAAGAAAAUUUAAUAAGAGAGAUGGUAAUUAAUAAGUUGGUAACUAUUUGAUGCUUCCUCUUCUAUUAAAAAUUGAUUGUACUUAUAUAGUCAUUCUAUUUUAAGUAGGUUGGGUAAAAAAAAUUGAUCUAAGAUUAAUUAAAAUAACAUAUUUCAUAUUGUGUUAUUUUAACCUACAUUGAAUAUAUUGUUGUUAUUGUUUGAUUUCGUACCAAAAUAUGGGUGAAUCAUUGGCAAUGAGGAUUUAUGUAGUAGUGUAACAAUUGGGUUCCUAUUUUUGAGUAUUGUGUUUUGGACUUGUAUAUGACUUAUUGGUCCAUAUGGUUCGAGUUGAUUAAAUCAACACUUAAUAUCAAGAACAUUAUAUAUUGAGUAGAAUAAUUUAAUGAUUGGAAUAAAUAUAUACAUGUAUCAUAAGUCUAUUUCUGAUACAUACAAGGAGCAUACACUCAAUAAUACAAGUAUAUGUUGCAUCAAUAGAAAGUAUAUAUGUAUGUUGUAUGUGUGUUGUUUUCUGGUGAUGAUUGUAAAGUGUAUU